UUUUUUCAAAUUAUUUGAGGGCAUAUUCUAUGAUGUCGCGUCGUUCAUUUUUCAACACCUUUUCGACGCCAUACUGCAAUUACUACACUCGUAUUUGCUGCUAAGUUAAAAUUAUAAUUUUUACCGACUUGAAAGAAAUAUAUAAUGACUAACGAUUCAACCGAUGAAAAAGAUCGCUCCCGCGAAAGGACCCGCCGAGGCGAUCGUGAUAGGGGUAACUCAAAUGCAGAUAAUAAUAGGGAUCGUAGCGUAGAUAGGGGCCGAGAUAGAGGCGGCAAAUCUACAGGACACAGGGUGUAUGUAUCAAAUAUUCCUUAUGAGUUUCGUUGGCAGGAUCUCAAAGACUUGUUCAGAGUAGAAGUUGGGGAGGUCCAAUUUGUUGAGUUAUUCGUUGACGAUAAAGAUAAAUCGAGAGGUUGCGGAAUUGUCGAAUUCGCCGAUAGUAGUUCUGUUAAGAAAUGUCUUGAAGUGAUGCAGCGAUUCGAAGUUAAGGGUCGUAAGUUGGUCGUCAAAGAGGAUACAGGCAAUGUGAGGGAUAAGCAAGGAAAUAUCACAAAGCGAGGAAAUGUUAGUAACAGAGACGAAGGAAGGUACCACAGAGACAAUUUCGAUUCUCACAACUCUUCCUUCGGUGGUCGUUCAGCUCCCAAUGACAACACUUACGGGCUAAGUCCAAACUUUUUAGAAUCUCUGAGAAUCGAUCUUCCCCUUUGUAAUAGGGUCUUUGUGGCCAAUUUGGAAUACAACGUCGACAAGAAGAAGCUCAAAGAGGUGUUCAGACUAGCGGGGAGGAUACAGAGGGUCGAACUACACACAGACAAAGAUGGCAGAAGCAGGGGCUUCGCGGUCAUCGAAUACGACCAUCCCGUGGAAGCCGUCCAGGCUAUAUCGAUGUUCAACAAUCAAUUCUUGUACGAGAGACAGAUGUCCGUGAGGAUGGACCGCGUGAACGACGGCACCAAACUGCCGGAAGGACUCAAGGGCAUCGGUAUGGGCCUCGGCAGCAACGGGGAACCGCUCAAGGACGUUGCGCGUAAUUUACCCUCGUCUAACGCCCAGCAGAACAACGGUAUGGGCGGCGGUAUCCUCGGUGCCGUACCAAACCCUGCCUUACAAGUAGCCAGCGCCUUGACCGGGUUGAACAACAUCAAUCCAGCCGCGUUGUCAAGCCUGACAGGAAACGCGGGGAUGCUACAGGCCGCUAAUUUGGCGGGCGGUUUGACCGGUAACCUCCUGGGCGGUGGGGAUCUGUCCUUGGCCAAUAGCCUGGUGUCAAACUCCUUGGCGCCCGGUCAGCUGUCCGCCUUUGGUAACAUGAACAAUUCGUCCGGCUCUAACUUGGGAUCGUUCGGUCGUUCGGACUCUGGUUACGGGGCUGGAAAUAGGGGUUAUUCAUCGCAGUACGACUCCGGAAAUAAGGGCUCUUUCGGUGGAUACGACGAGAGGGAGCAGACAUCCUACGGUGGCCUAUCUGGAGCUGGGAAUAUGAGGGGAGCUGCCAACGUCCCCAAAAACAGCAGUGGGUUCUCGAGGAAGAUUAUAAUAUCGAAUUUACCAACCAAUGCUAGUUACAAGGUGCUCCACGACAAGUUCUCAGAAUUCGGAGACGUUCAACAUUUCGAAGAAAAAGGCACCGGAACCAUGCUCGUGAUGUAUGCCAACGAAUGGCAAGCCGAACGUGCUAUAAAAAAUUUGGACCGAGCGAGAAUUGACGGGAGGACUAUCGAUGCACGAUUCUACAUGUAAUUUGGAUGAGUUAACUUUAAUUGGAAAUUAAAUGUAUUUUAUUAUUUUUUUUUAUGUAUAUUGUAUUCAGUUAUUGAUUCCGACUGCAUUUUUUUGAAUGCGAGUAUUUUCAUGUGAAUUUCAUGAAUAAAUUUGACCUAGAAGUA